AAAAUAUAUCGGGUCAACGGUCAGGUUGGAAAAUCUCUUUUUUUCUCAAUUUUAACAUUAAUGAGAAAUGAUGACAUAUAAGCAAUUUGAUGACCCCGUUGAAUGGGUAGAAAAAACAGUUAAUAUAAAAUAUUAUCCUUAUUCCGAAUUCACUAAUAUGAAAGAAAUUAAUCAUGGUUCAGUCGGAAAUAUUUAUCAAGCGAAUUGGAAAGGAACCGACACUCUUUUGAUUGUUAAAUCUUCAUAUAAAUUAACUGUUAAAGAAAUCUUGAAUGAGAUAGAAAUACAGCGAGAAGUUGAUUUUCAUCCAAACAUUUUACGAUUUUAUGGAGUUUCAAAACUAGAAACUUCUGGUUUAGCUAAUCAGAUAAAUAAAUAUUUGUUAAUUCUCGAAUAUGCUGAUGGUGGUUCAUUGUAUUCUUAUUUAAAGGAAAAAUUCAACGAACUUGAAUGGAAUGAUAAAUAUCGGUUGGCAUUGCAACUUGCAAAUGCUGUAGAAUGUGUUCAUGAUGAAGGAAUAAUACAUUGUGAUUUGCAUGCGUAUAACGUACUCAUACAUCGGAAUAAUGUUAAAUUAGCAGACUUCGGCCUAUCUAGAAAGAUAUCUGAAGCACCAAAUUAUCUUAAAGAUGCACACGGUCUGCUACCAUACGUAGAUCCAAAAUGCUUAGAAAAUCAAUCAUAUGUAAUAACUACUAAAUCAGAUGUCUAUAGUAUUGGUGUCCUUUUUUGGCAGUUAUCAAGUGGGCGUAGACCUUUUUAUGACGAAAAUACACCAUACGAUGCAAGUUUAGCUAUAGCUAUAAGAAAUGGAAUGAGGGAGGAUAUUAUUAAAAAUACACCACCUGAAUAUAGUAAUUUAUACGAAGCAUGUUGGGUAGAUGAUCCUAAUAAAAGACCUAAUAUACAAAAAGUUGUUUCAUCUCUAAAGUCAAUAAUUUCUCAUGAAAAUAAUGGAGAAAUUAAUUCUAUCGUACAUGUAGAAAAUACAGAAAAUAAGGUGUCAAAAGAGGAUGAAUUUACUGAUUUAGUAAUAAGCGAUUUUAUACUAAAAUAUGAUUUAGAUGAUAUGACAGAAAAUGAAAUUCCUCUAUAUAUAUUAAAACAAGCGAAAAAAUUGUUUGAUGAGAUAAGUGGUUUAACUAUCGAAAAAAUUGUUGAUAAAUUAAUUACAUUGUUGAUUAAGGUACAAGAUAAAAGAGGAUAUAACUUUAUGGAAACAAAUCAAUUUAUUAAUCAAUGUAUUAAUCUUUACGAUCAAAUUCCAAGUAAUGACAUUUUUAACUGGCUUAUGAAUAAUCAAACAAAACCUCAAUAUAUUUUCCUUCUCGGGUUUCUUUAUUAUAAUGGUAUUAUUAUUGAAAAUAAUAUUCAUGAAGCAUUUAAAUUAUUUUCAAAAGCGUCAGAAGAUAAUUAUCAUAUUGCACAAGUUUAUUUAAGUAAAUGCUAUCAAUUGGGAACAGGAACUGAGAUUAAUAUUCCAUUAGCAAUUAUUUGUUUGCGUAAUGCCAUAGGGAAUAAUAGCAUAUGUGCACAGCUUUACCUUGGUAAUUUAUAUGAAGAAGGUACAGCAAGAACAAAUGUAGAUUUAAAGAAAGCUUUUUAUUGGUAUGAAAAAGCAGCUAAUAAUGGAAAUUCAAGUGCAUUAUAUCAUUUAGGAAAAUGUUAUCAAUUUGGAAAAGGAAUAGAAAAAAACCCUAGUAAAGCAUUUGAAAUUUAUAAAAAAUCGGCCGAACAAGAAAAUAUAAAUGCACAAUUUUUAAUAGGACGUUGUUAUUAUCGUGGAAUUGGAACAGAUAUUAAUCAUGUAAAGGCUUUUGAAUUAUUUAAAAUAGCUGCUGAAGAAGGAAAUUAUAGUAGAGCACAAAAUAAUUUUGGAUUUUUACACGAAAAUGGAAUAGGAACAAAGAAAGAUUUAGAAAAGGCUUUUCAUUGGUAUCAUAAAGCAGCAGAAAAUGGACAUGAAAUAGCACAAUAUAAUUUAGGCGAAUAUUAUGAACUAGGAACUGGUGUUGAAAAAGAUGAGGUUAAAGCAUUUGAAUGGUAUAAAAAAUCGGCUGAUAAUAAUUUUUUUUAUGCAAAACUCUUACUAGGAUAUUGCUAUGUAAACGGUAUUGGAACUGAGGUUAAUAAGAAAAAAGGAUUUGAAUUAUAUAAUAAC